AUGUCAAAUCGCAAUCGCAGGAGUGAGGAGCCCGUUCCCGAACUUGGGAGUAUAGUGGACCAAGAUAUCCAGGCCGCGGCGGUGGGCGAAAAUAACAACCGUAACAGCGUUAAUAACCGCCGCCGCCGACGUAAUAACCGCCGCCCCAGUGACGAUAACCCUUCUGGUAUUGAGCAAGUUGAGAGACAUGCCGAACCGGAAGGCGAAAAUAAUCGUCAUAACAAUGCUAAUAACCGCCGCCACCCCAAUAACUCCCACACCAGUGACGAUACCCCUCCUGGCAUUGAGCGCGUUGAGAGCGAUGCCGAAGAGGAAGGCGAAAAUAUCCCAGUUUAUGAAGGGAAUUUCUCCGACGAGGAUGGCGAGGCAGAAUUUUUCCUUCAGCCUAUGUGGUCAACACCGGAGCUGCUGGAUCAUACCGCGGAAACAUCUGGCUUACCGAUGGAAGGAAGUGUCCUUGCUUGGCGCGGCAAUGGCCCCGGGAAAUCAGUGAUAGUCGGAUAUGCGUGUGGCACGUCCGCAACUGCACGAUUAAUCCCAGCGGCCCGGCGUCACAUUCCCUCUCGAGCACCUAAUAUUUUCGAAGAAAGUCUUGGCCGCCGAAAAGACUAUAUCCGGACCGAACGAGAUAUCAGAGGCUGGGGGAUAGUCGCAUGGCGAGUGGAUAAGAAGUCCAUCGACCAGGACCCAAUAUCCUUAUUGAAACCGAUGAACAGAGCGUGGUAUCCAGAGACAUAUGUCUAUAUUCAUUGGUGGGGUGGGGAUGCGAGUUGGGAAUCGCGGCAAAAUCUUCGAUUUGUUUGUGCUAGCGACGAGCUGAAGACAGACAUGUUAAUCUACAAUUUGGCGAAGGAGCAAGAGGCUGAUUACCGUGAGGCACUUACUGGAGUGAGGCCAGAGUAUCCUCCGGCGAAUACCCAUAUGACAAAUGACCACUGGAGAAAUGUGAAUGCAUACCGAGGUGCACACUGGUUUCAGCCACGUGCUGAGGAAAAUAGGCGUAUAACGAGAAUCGGAUAUGAACCAGUUAUCCCGAGAGAGGAUAACUAUCAAGAAUUCGAUGAGGGUAUAGGUAUGAGCGAUAGCGGUACCUUCCGGGAAACCAGUGAAGAAUAUCAAGAAGGGUAUUAUGAGGGCUCUAAUGAGGGAGAGGAGAUAGGCAAUGUUGAGGAAGGAGAGGAAGUUCAGGACGAUAGAGAACAACAAUAUGGGGAUAUGCAGCAGCGUCAGGGUGAUUUAAGCCCUAUUGAUGAGGAAGCUAGUGUUUCUGAGGGCGGGUCCUUCUUUACGCCUAACGGUAGCCCUAGCCGAGUUCGAUGGCAUGGUGAAGCACAGCAGAGACAUGGUAUAUUUACCCCAAGAGCAACCAGGUCGCCUAGCUCUGGUUAUAUACCUCAUGGGAAUAGAGACCAGACCCGGCGCAUGCCGGAAACGCCAAACAACCGACGUAUACUGCCCUUCAACCGGGGCAAUCAACAACUGACACCACAGUCCAGCCAGGGUAACCAACCCAACCAGGGCGACCAGCAACGACCGACACCACAGUCCAGCCGGGGUAGUCAGCAGCAACGGACACCACAGUCCAACCGCUCCAACCGCUCUCACCAGGGUAACCAACCCAACCAGGGCGACCAGCAACGACCGACACCACAGUCCAGCCGGGGUAGUCAGCAGCGACAGACACCACAGUCCAACCAGGGUAGUCAGCAGCAACGGACACCACAGUCCAACCGCUCCAACCGCUCUCACCAGGGUAACCAACCCAACCAGGGCGACCAGCAACGACCGACACCACAGCCGGGGUAG